UUAACAAGACCACAAACASACCAACUCCAGGUUCCAAUUCAGCUUGGGUUUUGACCUUGGUAGCCUAACCAGUUGUCUAAUAGCACGCCUCGGCGAUAUCCCAACUGAAUUCAGGAUGCCUAAGUACGUACUGCAUUAUUUCAAUGUUAGAGGUCGAGCUGAACCCACAAGACUYUGCUUCGCAGCUGCUGGGAUUGAGUAUGAAGACAUACGACACACGAGAGAUGAAUGGCAGGCCAUGAAGAAAGAAGACGGCUCGACACCUUUGGGGCAGCUUCCAAUGAUGGUUGUUGAUGGAGAGAAGUUCUCACAGUCCAUGGCUAUCUUCAGAUACACUGCAAGGGAAACUGGUCUUUGUCCUUCUGAAAGCCUCCAAAUUGCUAAGUGUGACAUGAUCGUUGAUACUGAAAACGACCUCGCAGCCAAGCGCAUCAAGUAUUAUUACGAGAAAGAUGAGAAACUUAAGUGUGACACUCUUUUGGAAGACGGCUCGACACCUUUGGGGCAGCUUCCAAUGAUGGUUGUUGAUGGGGAGAAGUUCUCACAGUCCAUGGCUAUUUUCAGAUACACUGCAAGGGAAACUGGUCUUUGUCCUUCUGAAAGCCUCCAAAUUGCUAAGUGUGACAUGAUCGUUGAUACUGAAAACGACCUCGCAGCCAAGCGCAUCAAGUAUUAUUACGAGAAAGAUGAGAAACUUAAGCAAUCCUUGAAGGACGAGUAUGAAAAAACGCAUCUACCAGACUUUUUUUCUAAAAUGGAAARCUUGCUGAAAAUGAAUAAAGAUUGACAUUUGCUGAUAUCAUUGUAUUCAACAUCUGUUCCAACCACUUGUCAAUUGUAAGUGGGUUCCCUGUGUUGCAAGGUCACCAUGACCGCAUCAGGGACAUCCCUGGUAUCAAGUCUUGGUUACAAAAAAGACCUCAAACUGAACUCUGAUUGGUGGAGCGUUCCAAGCUAACUACUCUAAAAUUGCUUUAUUAUAAACAAUGUAAUAAAGGACUACUCCACUUCAACACUUUGAAAA